AUGUACAUGUUAACACGGGAAAAUAUUGAACAGUUAAGAGCUGUAUUGCCAGAGUUGGCUUCAUUAUUGGUCGUUGGAGAGGUUAUAGCAGUUCCUCCGCUACUUCAAGCAGCAUUGAGAUCGCAACUAACAAAUUCACAUACACCGAGUAGUGGGACUUUUGUGAAAGAAGGUAGUGGUGAUGUUUAUGCAUCUGCUGUCACCACAGCUAAUUCUGUUACACCUCGCCAUACCCCUGAUAGAGAAAAUGACACUCGAAGUCAACAGAGAAGACCAUCCACCUUAAAUAGAGAGCACCAUGAGUCGGAAACAGAUACAGAAGAAUUUGAGAAAGUAGGCUGCAGUGGAGGCAGUGAUGGAACUUUUUCUCCCAUGGAGGUUAUGCCAGAUGGUCGAGGCUCAAUGAAGACAAAACAUCAUUUUUCUUCGCAAGCUAGUGAUUCUAAACACAUCAAGUUGGAUGGUGGUGAGGAGUCUUCCAUGCCUUUAGAAAUGAGUGACAACAUAAGAUUGGAGGGCAUGGGCAUUCUUCCUAAUAGGCAAGGGAGUGUAGUCGUGGGAGGUGUAGCUGCAAUGUCCCCCCAAGACCCCCUGCAGAGCCCAGAGUCAUUGGUGACAUCCCAGGAGUUUGUCACCGCUGAAUUCUACAUUGAUGAGUCGAUGCCCUCCAGCUAUACAGAGAGCAAUGCCACGAGUGGUACCACUGCAUCCAGUUCCCGCCACCUGCCCCCUUUGGUUAAAACUCAUCAUGUCAUUACUGCCGAGUUACAGAAACAGCUUGAGGACAAGAACAGUGCCAUUUCUGUGCUACAGAGUGACCUGAGCCGUGCAAAAGAUGAAGUAGAUAGGUUGCAGCAACGACUGAGUGCCUUGGCAUCAUUAGACUGUAAGGACAUUCUUAGUCUUAAGAUGGAGCUUGCAUCACUUAGAGGCAAGGUGAGAGAAGAUGGAGCAUCAUAUCUAACUUAUAUAUCAGAAUUGUCGUCAAGGCUUUUGGAUGUUCUGUUGCAAAUCCAGGUGCAAACAUCAGCUGAGCAAAGUGCAGCUAUCACCGAGGCAGUAAUGCAAGCUAAAGCUGACCAGGACAAGCUUCAGGAGCAACUUAGAGGGACUUUAGAUCUUCAGACUCACAAGCUCCUAGAUGCACAGCGGGAAAUAGAGAUGUAUCAAGAACAACUUCAUCGUCAUCAAGAAAAUCUUCAGCAAACAACAGCUGAAUUUGAAGAGGUGAAGAGGAUGCUUAUGGAAGAGAAAGUUGAGGCAGUGAAGCAACUAACAUUAGAGCACGAACUGGAGAUGGUAGCUUUGAAAGAAAAAUGGCAAGAGGAGGAUUCUUCACGGCAAGAAGAAUUAGCCACCCUUAGUCUGAAACUGAAAACCUUAGAAGAAGCUCUUGAAAAAGCCCAGUGCGAACGUAGUGAACUUGAGAAGAAUUACCAAGAACGCUUCUAUUCUCAUAUUCAAGAAGAAAAGGAUAAAAUUGUCCAGAUUCUAGAGGUUAGCUUCACUGAAAGAGAAAAGAAAGCCCUAGAGUGUUUAAGAGAGCAAUUACAAAAAGAGCAUAAGGAGGAAGUGUGCAGGUUGCUCACAGAGAAAGAGGAAGCUAUACGAGUAGCAUGUGAGGAAGUUCGUUGUCAACUUGUUGCUGAAUGGAGACAAGUUGUUGAUACCCAACACAAGGAGCUAACAGAAAAGCAUGCUAUGGAAUUGGCAAAAUGCAAACAGGAUUGGGAAGAAGAAAAGCAAACUGAGAUAGCAGCCAAGAUAUCAGAACUGGAGACAAGAUGGCGUGAUGAGCGGGCAGCAGAAAUAGAAAAUGUCAGGCAACAGUACAAAAUGGAACUUGAAAGCCUUCGUUCAAGGUUCAGAAUGAUGACGACAGCUAGCAUGGAUAAGUCUCCUUCAGAAACUUCUCUUGAAAAGUUUGAGAGAGGGGAGUUCUUGGAUCUUGCCUCACAUGAAGCAGCUCUAGCUAGAUUGCGAGAGGAGCUAGAGAAGGAAAAAGAAGCAGCUGUUGAGGCUGCAAAAAUGAUGCUGGAAGAGCAGUUUUCUUUGGCACAACAAGAGCAGCUACACAAGCAUGAAGAAUUGAGAAAAGAGGAAAGAAGGAGAAUAGAGGCUGAAAAACAGGUUGUUUUCAAUGAUGCCAUAAAGUCUGUAACUCAGGAUAAGGAAAGAGUAAUUGAGGAUCUUCGUCUUCGAGUAGAACUGUUAACUGAUGAAACUGAAAAACUAAGAAGAUUAGUUCACAAUGCUGCCAAUGAGUCAACAGAUCAGUUCAUGACUGCCUUAGCUUCAGAAAACCAAGGCCUCAAGGAACGCUGUGAGGUCCUUCAGAAAGAUGUUCAUAGACUAGAAAAUGAAUUGUUGAGAGCAAAGAGACUCAGUUUCACAACAGAAAGGCAUCAUGAUCUCAGUAUGUCAUUCACUGAUGCUGGCGCUGCCACGGGGGGACCAAAUUAUGAGGAUGUACGUAAACUUCAGCUAGAGAACCAGGAGCUGAGAGACAAGUUGUCUCGAAGCGCAACAUCUUUAGUUGAGCGAGGAAAAAUAAAUGUACAUAGCUGUCAGGCGGGAGAUGCAGUAUUAUUGGUUUGGGAUGAAAAUCACCUCCAUUACAGGGUGUUUUUAGAGUCGAAUCCACACUUGCAUUUCUUACAUACUGACUCUUAUGGGCCACUUCAUUUAUCAAAAGAUCCACCACAUAAGCUGUACUGCACUGCUGAAGUAGUCAACAAAGAAUUCUGUCAGGCAAAGAAAUUGAACCAGAGAGCAAAGAGACCGAAGGCUUUUGGCAGUCAUCAUUGCGCCUUGGACAUUCAUCAGCCACAUUCAACUCCCCAAUGUGCACCUGACGCUGCAGACGACGACGCCCAAGCAGGACUUCUUCAGGAUGUUGACGUUGUGGUUGUUCGUGUUUCUCAUGGCCCACCCGGAGGAAUGCCUCUUCGCCUCCUCCAGCUCCGCUGGGUAUACGAAUCGGCAAUGCCCGUCGGCCCAGUCACUGAAGACGUCGAACUCUGUUACCUGAAGUAGGUCGGCAGAU